AUGGGCUUCAAAUUCCUCUCACGUAGCAGUAUGCGGGGCGAAAAGGCCACCCUAGGAACCUCUCUCGGUGCCUCCCUCACACCAACGACCAUCGCACGUAUCGUACUGCGAUUCUUCCAGUUCGUCAUGGGCCUCACCGUCAUCGGUCUCUACGCCGUCGACCUGGACAAUGCACGCAAGCAAGGAAAAUACGUCGACUCGAAAUGGGUGUGGGCCGUCGUAUGCGGUACACUCGGGGCCAUCAGCUCCAUAGUCUUGAUACUGGUCAAGUCCUGGUUCUUCUUCGGCCUCGACGCGCUCGUCUUCCUGUGUUAUCUUGUUGCAUUUGGCAUCUUCGGGAAGAUGUUUAUUGGCGAGGACCCAGAGGGUAACAAGGGGAUUAUUAGGAUGAAGAAUGCGGUUUGGGUGCUGUUGACUAAUAUGUUGCUUUGGUUGAUUUCGGCGGUGGUUGGAGCGUUUAUGUUUUGGAGGACAAGGAAGGCAAGGACCACACAUACUGGGCGUGCUGGCAUGCACGUCUAA